GUCAUGGAGCACCACAGCCUGCCAGGUGUCAGGUCCUCUUUGGUAACUCCAGAGCACCUGGGAGGCAUCGAAUUUGCCCUGCAGCUGCUGUGGAGCGCUCAGACUUUUGAUUCUCCCUACCAGCUCUGGAGAGCAACCAGCUCCUACAACAGGAAGGAUUACUCUGGAGGAUACACCAUCUUCCUGAUGCCCUGCACGGUGCAGCUCACGCCGCCGUGGGCAGAGCCUGGAGCCAAGCCCCUGCCCUGCCCUGCCCGGCUCACGCUCCCGAGCGUUGCAGGUUUUUGAUCCCGAUCGCCUUCCGGCAGACAAACCGCCCACUUCCAGUUGUUUACUCCCUGAACACAGAGUUUCAGCUCUGUAACAACGAGAAGGUUUUUCUAAUGGACCCCACCAAAUCGGAAAGGUCUCUGGCAGAAAUGGAUUACAAGGGGGCUUUAUCCAAGGGUAGGAUUUACCUCUCCUCUUCUGCCUGUGCCCAGCAUUUCUGCUUUCACAGCUUCCAUUCCCUGGAGAGGAAAGGGCAGAACCCACGUGUAGCUUUGCCUCUUCUACAGCAGUAAUUGACAUCUUACAGCCCUGUGAAAGAACAGCGUGCUCUGGCACCGCGUUUUGUCACUCCCACACACCGAGCCCUUCCCAAACAACCCCAACCCUUCUGAACACGGACACUUGGCUCUGGCAGCGUUUUCCUGCUUGGGAAAUUUCACCUGCCCCUCUUUGUCCCGACCUCCCCCCGGGCAGAUCCUGUACCGGCGCGUGCUCUGGCCCCCCGAACAAAACCUCAACGCCGCUUACAAGCUGCAGCUGGAGAAGGUCUACCUGUGCACAGGCAGGGCUGGCCACGUGCCCCUCUUCGACCCCACGGGCACCGUCUACAACCAGGGGCCCCAGUACGGCUGCAUCCAGCCCCACAAGUACCUGAAGCACCGAUUCCUCCUCCUGGUGAGUGCUCUGCUCCUGCUUCUUCCCGUUUGGGAUUUGCUCUGGCAACCGGCAGGCGGUGGCUGCAAAGGGAUGAGGAAGGGAGCCCGUGGGGGAUGUUUUGUGCUGCUGCUGCUGCUGCUGCUGCCAGCUGUGAACACCAGAUCAGUUUUCCCCCACCCUUUGAGUGUGUUCCUCAAUCGGUGCCCACGUGUACGUGUGGAGAUGGGGCAUUCGGACUAGAUCCCUGACACAGGUGUUUGGUGGGGCUCUGGCUUCCAGCCUCCCUUGGGAAAGCAGACAGCAUCCCUCACCACACUUCUCUGACUUUCCAGCACCGAAACCAGACAGAAGUGACGGGUAAGUAUUUCCACGCUGUGCCUUUUGACUCUGCCCACUUUGCUUCCCAGCUGUCCGAGUUCCACUCGGUGAGCAGCAUGCCCGGAGUUGAUGGAUUUACUCUCAAGGUGGAUGCUCUCUACCAGGUAUGGAGUACCCAGUGCUUUUGGUAGCCCAAAAUGGACUCCUCUGUCCAGGACCUCCCGAACACUUGGUGAAUUGUAGACUCUGGGCCUUCACACUUCACCUCUGAUACAAGAAAUGAAGAUGAGGAUGUUAGUCCCGUAAUUUCAUUUUUUUUUUCCCCUGAGGCACUCAUGAGAAAGCUCUUUAAAAACACUUUAUUCGUGUUCCUGAAGGAAUUAAUGCCAUUGCAAAGGCAGGACACCUCGCUGGGUGGUGCGUGCUCCCGAGGAGCUCCCCUUGAACAGCGAGGUGGAGCUGCCCCGGGGCGCCCCGAAGGCGGCGGGCGGCCGCUGCUGCACCGUCAGGAACCUUCAUCCACCGAGGGACAGCGGCGGCCUCUGCCAGGGCCAGGGCCAGGGAAGUGAAGCAGGUGCACUUGCAAGUCAUACGGGUAUUUUUUUAGUCUGGUGAGGAGGGGCAGCUGUCAAUUCCCCCUGCUCCCGUCUUAGCGACUGCACCGCCGCCCUUCCUCCGUGCUGCUCCAGCUCUCCCGGGCUUAACUGGGCAGGGUGGCGAAGGCAUCUGCCACCCCCGUGAGCCAGCCGAGGAGCAGCCGGGUUCCUCGUUGGCCUCCGGAAGAGAGUAAAGCUAAAAUACAAAA